AUGAGACCCCUGGAAGGCAUCAAGGUACUGGACCUGACCCGCGCCUUGGCCGGUCCAUUUUGCGCGACCAUGCUCGGCGACUAUGGCGCCGACGUCAUCAAGAUCGAGCGGCCCGGCGCCGGCGAUGACACCCGCGGGUGGGGACCUCCGUUCAUCGGCGAGGAGUCCGCAUACUUCCUCUCGGUCAAUCGCAACAAGCGCAGCCUGACCCUGAACCUGCGCGACGAGCAGGCCCAGCAGAUCUUCCUCAAGCUGGCGGCCGACGCUGACGUGAUCGUUGAGAACUUCACCCCCGACGUGAUGACCAACUUCAACCUUGGUUACGAGGACAUGAAGAAGGUCAAUCCCGGCAUCGUCUACUGCUCGAUCUCCGGCUUCGGCGCCAGCGGCCCGUACCGCGACCGGCCGGCCUACGACCAGAUCAUGCAGGGGGUCAGUGGCCUGAUGAGCAUCACCGGCGACCUCGGCGGAGACCCCCAGAAGGUCGGCAUCGCCGUGACCGACAUCGGCGCCGGCAUGUGGGCUGCCUUCGCCGUCAUGGCCGCCCUGUUCCAUCGCAACUCCCCCAGCGGCAACGGAGAAGGCCAGUACAUCGACCUCUCCAUGCUCGACGCCCAGAUCGCCUGGAUGACCUACCAGGCUGGCUACUACUUCGCCACCGGCGAUGCUCCGCAGCGGCUGGGCGCGGCCCAUCCCACCCUUGUGCCCUACCAGGGCUUCAAGGGCGGGGACGGUAAGUUCUUCAACGUCGCGGUGGGCUCCGAGCGUCUCUGGGAACGGUUCUGCCGGGGCAUCGACCGCACGGAGCUGAAGGACGACCCCGAUUACGCCACCAAUGGCGAUCGGGUCAACCACCGCUCCCAGCUGGUGCAGAUGCUGGAGGAGCACUUCCGGAGCAAGGACGCCGACGACUGGGUCGCCGACCUGCAGGCCGUCAGCGUUCCCGCCGGCCCCAUCAACGACCUGAAGGACGUUUUCAACGACCCGCAGGUGCAGCACCGGGAAAUGCUCCUGGAAAUGCCUCAUCCGACCCUCGGUUCAAUCCAGCAGACCGGCUUGCCCAUCAAGUUUUCCGCAACGCCUGGCGAACUGGAGAAGCACCCGCCGCUCCUGGGUGAGCACAACCGGCAAAUACUCAACGACCUGGGUUAUCCGGACGCCGAAAUCGACCAAAUGGCUACCUCCGGAGUCAUAUAA